ACGACGGUCUUUCAAGGCUGACAGUGACCUUACUUCUGAGCUCGUGGCUAAUUCCUUGAUUUGGCGGAGUUGUUAACUGUGCCAAGAUAACUUGAUACAUUGACUGUAUUCUGAUCUGUUUAUAACCGUUGAACGAUCGUUGACUGAAUUUCUCUUGUGGUGAAGGCUGAAGUAUGGCUAGUGCCAGCGGGUUAACGGAAAAGGACAAGAAUAUUCGCGAUAAAGUGAAGGUGUAUCGGCCGCUGAUAGAGGGCAUCAUUAACCCUACACAGAUGUUGUCCUCCGCAGAAGCUGUCACUCUCAAACAUUGCCUUGGAGAUACCAGUGUUCAACGUAUAAAACGUCGCCAAAAUAAUGAAGGGGAUAUGUCGGCCGCGCGUCUAAUGUUUGAGACAAUGGAGAAGUGUGAAGAAUGUGGAGUGUGGACAGCUUUUGAUGAUCUUGUACAAAAUGCCGGAUACACGAGGAUCUCCUUAAUAUUGCGCGAAGAGCCGAUGGAAAACGAGGAAAAUAAUAAACAUCUCCUCAAAGUCAUGGGACCUAUCGUCAAACAUAAGAUCGACCCGGUGGUAUUGUUGCCUCAGUUGUUACGGGACACUUUGUCUCCCGAGGAUGGUCAGAAUGUUCGCGCGGAGGCGAGGAAUAAGGGACCCAUUUCUGCAACUGUGCUGUUGUUUGACUUGCUGCUGAAGUCCAAGACACGAAACUGGUUUGACGAUUUCAUGUCUGCUUUGAUUGAAAAUCAACAGCACAAUGUUGCUGAUGAGAUUGACCCUGAUUAUUACCAAGAAUGGAAGAAGUUGAGGUCUGAAGGCAGUAGUUGCACAUCAACGGGAGAUGAAAGUUUGGAAUCUAUGUCAUCGCAGACCAGUGUUAAAAGAGUUUACGAAAACGACGAAGAACAAGAAAUGGAAAUCAGUUAUGACUACCAAGAGAAUAACCUUAACAGAGACGACUUGCAGUCAGCAAAACCCUUGUCGAAGGAUGUAACAGGUCACACCAAGACCUCCAGUGAGUUGCUCCUUAACGUGGGUCUUGAGACACGAGACAAGCAAAAGUGUUCGGUAUCUGGCGAGUGGACACCCGAUGCUAAUUCUGACAACACAACUCCCAAACAAAGGGUCGACGAUUCCAACACGAUGGAUUUAACGUCAGAUGGAGAAGAAAAUGCAGAACAGGAAGCUGAGCUGCAGUUACGGGAUUAUCAGAAGGAACUUGCUCGGGCAGGACUGGAAGGGAAAAACUGUGUCAUUGUUGCACCAACCGGAAGUGGGAAGACAAUGGUCGCACUGAAAAUAAUUCAGAAACAUUUCUCGAGACAAGACUCAGGAAUCCGAAAGGUUGCGUUCUUGGUAAACAAUGUGGGACUGGCCAGUCAACAGGCGGCAGCUUGCAAAAAGAUCCUUCCGAGUCUGAGAACCAAACUCAUGUGUGGUGGCAACGAGGAGCAACUGAGCCUGAGUAUGUUGUUACCAAUGGUCGACGUUUUCUUCAUGACGGCUCAGAUUCUACUGGACGCUCUGAGAAACAGAAACCAGGAAAAUAUUUCUCUGUCGCAGUUCACGUUGAUCGUGUUCGACGAAUGUCAUCACACCUUCAAGAAACACCCGUUCAACGGCAUUAUGUUUUCUUACAUGGACCAGAAACUCCAGGAGGGUGGGCAAACAAGCCCUCUGCCACAGGUUAUUGGUUUGACUGCAUCAAUGGGAGUCGGUAAGGCCAAAAAUACAGAGCAAGCCAAAAUGCAUAUUCAGAAACUUUGUGCGAAUCUGGAUGCCAGUCAGAUCUGUACCGUCCAGAAGGCGGUAGGUGAACUUGCGGACUUUGUGCCUGUACCCGAUGAAGAUAUCAAGUCAGUGGAAGGCCGAAGAGAGGACAAGUUUGCCGAUUUUAUCCAAAGUUGGAUGGAUUCCAUCGAGAAGAAAAUCAAAGCCAAAGGUUCCAGCUCCGCAACCCUGGAAGACCCCCCGCGUGGAAAGCGAGAUAGCCAGGAGUAUAAACAAUGGAUCAGUAAAAUCCGGAGAGACGUGGCUGUGGUGUAUGAUUCGGACAUGCGCUACUAUUGUAUGAGCUGUAUCAAUUUUGCUCAGAUGUGCAAUGAUGCCUUGAUGAUAAACCAGGACGUACGCACCCGAGAUGCCUUGGAAUAUUUGAAGAAUAAGGUUAGCGAAGUGGAUUCCAGCAGGGUCCAUGCUGUGGAAAAGGAACUGAUUAAGCACUUCAGAGAUAAUCUGGCUUAUCUGGAUACAGUUAGUUCCUCUCCACUCGCUGACAAUCCUAAGCUACGGGAGCUGAAGAAGAUGAUUUUGCUGGCCUACAAGGAGAAAGCUGAUUCUCGCGGGAUAAUCUUCGUGAAAACGCGAGACCUUGUCCAAGCUCUGCACCGCUGGAUGAUGGAGACGCCAGACCUAAAGUGGCUCAAUCCCCAUAAGCUGGUUGGCCAAGCCACCCAAGAAGAAGGAGGUAUGACACAAAAUCAGCAGCGGGAUGUACUAACAUACUUUAAAGAUGGCCACCACAAGAUACUUAUAGCUACAUCGGUUGCAGAGGAAGGCUUAGACAUCCAGAAGUGCAACCUGGUGAUUCGCUAUGACUACACCACUAACGAGAUCGCCAUGGUCCAGGCAAGAGGUCGUGCUCGCGCGGAAAACAGCAGGUACAUAUCCGUGGUAACGGAAGGUAGAGGGAUUGCUGAAAAGGAACAACUGAACAUGAUGCGAGAGGUAAUGAUGAACAAAGCCAUCCGGGAACUUCAGACAGACAUCGCAAUAAACCCUGGGCUAUUUCUGCAGUGUAUUGAGGCACUGCAGAAGGGAAGCAAAAUGGAGAGAGAUCUAGCUGGCAAAGAGUUUGGUGGAGCGAGUUUUGUCGAAGGGGAUUUUGUGCUAAGAUGCCUUACGUGUGACCAGUUCGCCUGUUUCAAUUAUGAUCUCCGUAGAUUUGAAUCUACACAUCACGCGGUGAUUUCUGAAGAUUUCCCAGCCCAUUGCAAUGUGUCCCUUCAUCCGAAACCCACUCCUUUAAACCACAACCUUUCAAAGACCGGAAAGAUCUCGUGCAAGAAUUGCGGCAGCGACUGGGGAAUCAUCGCCAUUUACCAUGAUAAGCGGUUAUGCGUAAUCAAGAUCAGUAGUUUUGUCAUCGAAGACUUCCACAAGAAUAGAGAUAUUUGUACAAAGUGGAGAAAGGUCAGGUUCCUAGUGGAAGAGCUUAAACCGUCCGAUAAUGAAAGGGCCAGCCGAACUAGCCUGGCCAUUGGUCAGAAGCUGGCUUCUUGUGGUACAAGGCGGUGAGGUGUUUAGGUGACUUGGGUUAUUUAGAGAGUGGCCUCCCAGUCCGAAGAAGGAUUUCAUGUUGAGAAAACGUAAAAACGAUGUAAACUUUAGAUGAAAGAAUGUAAAAAGUUAUUUGUAAGUAACGUUUGCCGUAUUUUUUCUCGAUUUUCUUUCAAAGUGAAAGUCAUUUUUGUAUUGUGGAUAUAAUUGCGUUUAAAAUGUGUUAAACCAAAGUAUUUUUAUUUUUAAUAUAUUCCUAAAUAUUAUCAUAAUUCAGAUUUAACGCAUGUUUUUAGAUAUAAAACAACAAAUUUAUAUUCAUAUAAAUUUAUUAGACACGCAUCACAUCCUCAUCUGCAAAAAUAUUAGGCAAAGACGGUGUAUAUACCAAAAAUGUGGCCCAAAACACCCACGGUACAUCAGUUGUUUUCAGAAGUCUUUUUCUCUGUAAAGAAAAAUUCAGAAAAGUUAAAACCAUAUUUACAAAUAACGUUUAAUGAAAGGUAAUAAUUAUCUUGCAAAUACUUUGAUGUACCUCAUGUACAUGUACUUGGAAAAAAAAAACCCUUGCGCUAAUAAUCGCUUUAUAAAGUCAAAUGGAUUAAUAAUCCUGCUAUGCCUUAUAUCUAUCUAUUGUUAUUGCUUUUUUUAUUCCUAAUAUGUAGUUCCUAAUAUAAAUAAUUUCCUAAAUUCGAAUACAUUUUCUUCUAAAUGUUUAAGAUCAACCUUGUUACCUUUAUACAUGUAAUUUCUGAUAUCAGUUAAUUUACACGAGAAUAUCGCUAUCACACGAACCAAAUCAAGUGCAGUAAUAGUUCCACAUACAGGUAGCUUAUUAAUCUAUUAUUGUUGAUUCUUUUUACGGUCCCCAAUGUACAAACCUUUUUAAGUUAAAAGUAAUUAAUUAUUAAAGUUCCCAGUGUAUGUAAUUGUAUUUUCGUAACUUUAGCUUAUAAUAUUAACAUAUGUAUAAUUUAUGUAUUAAUGUAUAUAAUGUUCUUGUACAUGUGAAUGUUACGACUUGACGUUGUACAUGUAUCUUUAUGAUUUUAACUGAAAUUUUUUACAUGCGAUGUAUAAUGUGCACGAUGCUUUUCUGUUACUAGCUGGAGAGAAAUAGCUAUGUAUAUAUAUAUGGUAGGAUAUUUGAUGGUUUAGAGAGAAAUGAAUUUCUUGAUUUGAUGAGCAGCUUGUCUUUGUUUCUUGUUUGAAAAAGGAAUACACCUUGUGGGUAAUAAGGCAUACCAGAGUAUGCACCAAUGUUGUCUUUUUCUGUAUAGAUAUUCAAGCAGCGAUUGUGACACGGAGUCUGGUCGGAAAGUAAUAAAGUAAACAACUAGGCCUACAAAAAAGAUUUUUUUCUUAACCCAUACUGUAUUCUCUUGAAUACACAUGCGUUCGGUACAAACAGAAAUAAAUAAAAUAGCAUUAAUGAUCGUAUCACAAAUGAUCAAACUGAUGAAAUAAACACUAUGUCAGUGUACUACACAAUCUUAAUACAAACACAUUAACACAAACAACAUCGGUAACGUUCGGUAAGUAAAAUUACAAACAUGUACCGUUUUUUUUUCUCUUAUAUAGUAUAAAAGAAUAAGACUACUUAUGCCAUUCCAACUUGUAAACAUGCUAACCCAGGUCUACAGAUUUCUCAUAAAUUCAGUGCAGCAUAUUUGUCCACAUUCAUCAUUCAUCAACAAACAUCGAAUACAUCAGCUCAUUCAUAUUCAUGAGCGCGGAGUGACGUCAUGAUCUACAACAGAGAUUUCGAAAGCUUUAAUUUUCCAUAGUUAUCAAAGAAAUAACAAGACCAAUGGUCAAUCAAACUAACGAGAACUAAAGAUAUAUUGAUACGGUACACUUCAGUAGAUACUUUCUUUACAUUUAUAUCAGAUAAAUGCCUUAUAUGAGUGCAGUCUGACUGCGCCCUGUGUUAUUGUGUGACCUAAUUUGCAAGUGCCUGUCUGGUUACGUCGCGCCGAAAAUUGAGGAAGCAACACUAAAUGCACACGUAUCAAAGUAUCCAAAAUCUUUUGUGUCAAUUAACAAAAGAAAAUGUAUGUCACUUGAAGAGUGGAUCUCCGUACUCUGAAAACAAGUUUUACGCAGCGAAACUGGCUCUUCUCACCGCGUUCGUAGCUAUCGC